AUGUCCGACGCUACGACAGCUUCAGACUCGCCAGAAGAUGACACCUCGGAACAGCUAACAACCACUGCGGCAGCUGCCUCCCGCAGUGACUUGACUGACCUAUACCAACGGCGCGGUGCUAAAGCCACCAAAGCGCUGGGAAAGGCUCGCAAGGAGAGGAAAUACGACAAGAAUGUACUUUCGGGAAGAGAUCUUGAGCGUCUGACCAUCCGCCCUAAUGACGGCGAGAGCGAGGAGCGCAUCGUCGCCAAGGCUACUCAAGAGCAGCGCGAUCGAUUUGGACAGUACAAGCACUAUUCCUUUGUCAAGGAAUGGACACCGCUCAGCGACAAAGGCCGGCUGGACGACGAGUGGUUCAUCACCGAUCCAGAAGUUCUCCCGGAGGAUGAUCCUGGGUACCUCUGCGAAAUGUGUCGACAUCUCAACUUUGAGGCAAUGUUUACGCAGCGUGAACUUCCGGGUAAUAGUGUGCCAUCAAUGCCUACACGAAUCAAUCUUCACGGCCUCUGGAAAAUCAUGCAGGGCGAGGGAAACACCUGUGCUUUCUGCGGACUACUGCGGCGCAAGAUCAUCGAGGGGGGGAAAGUGGACCCAAAUGAGGAAGAUGGCAUUAAAGACGGUCAAUUCUUCAUCAACGUGAUUGAUGAGGGGCCGAAAUACUGUCUGAGACUGGAGAUUGAGGUCGAGGUGGAAGGAAUGAUAGUCGAUAGGUUCGUGAUACAACGAAUCGAACAAGAUUCCCAGCAGCCUUUGGCAGGAAGAAUUGUGCAGCAAGAUCAAGCCGACAUGGGCCGGCUCAGGCAGUGGCUCCAUAUCUGUGAGGAGACCCAUCAUUCCACCGAGAAUAGUCUCGAGUCUCACAUGGUGUCUCUGCGGGUUAUCGACACGGACGAGUUUCGUGUCCGUGAGGUUGACGCUCCAUUUCGGUACGCCUGCUUGUCUUAUGUCUGGGGAGACGGGAGUCAGGUGCAAUACACCACCACCACAAGAGACGGCCUGGAAGCCCUGAAUGGACUGCGAGAAGUUUCUCUACCUCCGACAAUUCAGGACGCCAUCAAAGUUGUCAAAGAAGCAGGUCUGCGGUAUCUGUGGGUUGAUGCUCUAUGUAUCCUCCAAGAUGACCCCGAGGACAAGGGGAAAAUAAUACCAAAAAUGGGUCCAAUUUAUAGCAGCGCCACCUUGACCAUCAUCGCUUCUGCGCAUGCAAACCCGCACGAGGGGUUGCCCGGUAUAGGCACUGCAGAUCGUUCCGUUGCCCAGGAUGUGGCAAAGUUCCAGGGCAUGACGUUGGCUGUAGGACUUCACGAUCCGCGCCAACCAAUCCUAGACAUCGAGGGCUCGGCAUGGAACUCGCGGGCUUGGACCUUUCAAGAGCAGGCACUUUCUGCAAGGUCUGUCCACUUUACCCGCUCGCAAAUGGUCUUCAAAUGCAUCCAUUGUGCCGUGAUGCUCGAGGAGACUGUCCCGACACCGGAUCCUGCAUUUCAACAUUCGGCGAUUGAGAACCAGGCAAAGUCCGACAUCAUGUCUCUGCUCUGGUCACACUCGUCGCUGGGACGAUUUCCCAACAAGGGAUUCACGACACGAGAUGCCGGCUCCAGCAUCAUGUUUUCCGAGGACAUUGAUAUGCAAGCAUACUACAAAAUGCCUGUGAAGGAGCAAAGAAAGAUUGCCCCAGUGUUUGACAUAAUUGUGGAUUCACCCCGUGGCUUCAUGGGUUCGCUUACUGACACUGAUGACUCGACACCAUGGGAUCUGUACCGAAAUGCGGUGGAUGAUUAUACAAAGCGGAAACUGAGUUUCGAAUCCGACGCUGUAAAUGCAUUUGCUGGUGUGGAGCAUCUUGUCCGGCGGGGAAUCAAUACCAAGUUCUGGUCCGGUUUGCCGUCCUUUGCGUUUGAACAAGCCCUGCUUUGGCAUGCUAGAGAACCUCUGGAGCGCCGAGUCCGAGACAACAGGGUGAUUUUCCCGAGCUGGUCGUGGGCAGGCUGGCGGGGUUCUGUUUCCUACCAUGGGAGGGGUUGGAAGAACUCUAUCCUGUGGGACUCCGUAUCAGUAAUACGAUGGUUUGUUAGGGAGACGCCAGCCUGGUUCAUGGAGAGGUUCAAAGAAGAAGAAAGAACAGAGGAGGAAAUUCGAGACUACCAGGAGAAACUCGACAAUGCCAGGCUACUUCUGAGAGAGCUCAAUAUUUAUGACCUGCGCUUCGUCAAUGGCAAAGACAAGGACGGAUGGGUGGUGAAGCACGACGAAGUGUACAACCGCCACAUCUACUGCCAUGAUGCCUAUCCGGGAGUUCGCUUCACCUAUCCAGUCGCUCUUCCGGGACAGGACAUUGCCGACCUUCCUGACAUGAAUGAUGUUCUUCUGUUUCAUGCUCACGUUGUCCCAAUUGUCCCAUGCGACAUGGAGAAGACCGCUUCCAAAAUGAAGCUUGAAGAUCAGUUCAUGCAGCUCGGCAUCAAUGAUGAGUCUCGCUCAGCCAACUAUCGCCCUGCAUGGCAGCGUAUUGUGUAUCACCAGGGGUAUCGUGCGGGCUUUCUGAUUCUGAAUGACGAAGAUCUCCCGGCUGUGGACGAUGGCUACGAGUAUCAUUUAGCUGCCAUCACUCGUGGAAGCCUCCCGCAUGUCCCGCCACCACCGGGAGGGUGGGACUCCUAUUGGAAUAUAGAGCCACGCAUUAUCCAGGACUUUAUCUUUGACGAGGAGUGGAAUCGAGGUCCUAGUACGGUCAUAGUACCGCGCGAGGAGGCGGAGCCAUAUUCAAGGCCUCGAAAUGAGGAUGGCGAUCCACAUUGGGACCACGGCAGGUUCAAUGGUGUUGGCGUGUUUGACGUCUACGAGGUACUGCUAUUGAUGACGAGAAAUGGAAUUUCGCGGAGGAUAGGAGCGGGGAAAAUCAAUUACUGUGCCUUUGGGGCGGCGUGUCCUGAAGACAUGUUUGUUAAGCUUUUUUAG